AUGGCUGCGGCACGACGAGCGUUUGCAGAGCUGGGCAAGAAGGUCGUCUGUGUGGGCCGAAACUUUGGCAAGCAUGCGGCUGAAAUGGGAGAGGCCGUGCCGACGGAGCCUCUUCUCUUUCUCAAGCCCACCUCGAGCUAUAUUUUCGAUGGAAGCACGCUUCGGAUUCCCAAGGCGGUGACGGAGCUGCACCAUGAAGUGGAGCUGGGUGUCGUGAUGAAGCACCGUGUGCAGCAGCUAUCUGAAACUGCCUCCCGUGAAGAAAUCAUGGCCAGCGUCGAUGGCUACGUCCUUGCCUAUGACAUGACGGCGCGUUGCCUUCAAUCCAAGGCCAAAAAGGCUGGCCUUCCUUGGAGUGUAGCCAAGGGCUAUGAUGGCUUCUGCCCGGUCUCCGACAUGGUGGACGCGGCGGCUGUGUCCGACCCACAGCAGCUCCAGCUCCGCUGUUAUGUCGAUGAACAACUCCGUCAGGAUGGCUCAACCGCGGACAUGAUCUUUGAUGUUCCACAUCUCAUUCAGUACAUUAGUAACAUCUUCACCCUUGAGGCCGGUGAUGUCAUUCUGACCGGAACGCCCGAUGGCGUGGGCCCUGUCCAGGCUGGUCAGGUCAUGCGAGUCAGUAGUCGGGCGCUGCCCGUUCCCCCACGUUGGAGUUUGGUCGCAUGUCAUUUCUCCGCUCAUGAAGCUGGCCAUAACUCAACCCCUCUAGGCUGA